AUUUUUUUAAUCAAUGCCCCCUAAUAGUCACAGUUUCUAGAUCCGCCCUGAUGUGAACUUCAAGGAAAUCAAUUUCGUGUACACAUGCCACUUCUCAAUUCUCAUCAUUCAUACUCUAAAAAACCAAAAAAUUCUCAGCGUCAUUCUCCUCAUCCACACCGCCAGAAUUUAGUCAGCACAGAGCAGAGAUGGCGUCUAUUGGGUUAACUCAGACAAUUCAAAUGCGACUCUACAAGAAGAAGUGCACAGCGGAUUUUCCGGAGAUGGUUCGCCCACGGCUUUGCCGUCUCGGUAGAAGAAGUUUGAGGAUGUCAGCGUCGGAAAACCAGACAGCAGAGCCCGACCUCAGUAUCACUGUAAACGGUUUAAAAAUGCCAAACCCAUUUGUGAUCGGUUCUGGCCCUCCCGGCACCAACUACACUGUUAUGAAGAGGGCCUUUGACGAAGGAUGGGGCGCGGUCAUCGCCAAAACGGUUUCCCUCGAUGCUGCAAAGGUUGUAAAUGUAACUCCUCGAUAUGCUAAACUUAGAGCAGGAUCAUCCAUUGGUGGUUCUGGAAGAGGACAAAUUAUUGGGUGGGAAAAUAUUGAACUGAUAAGUGAUAGACCUUUGGAAACAAUGUUGAAAGAGUUCAAACAGUUGAAAGAUGAGUACCCUGAGAGGAUACUUGUUGCUUCUGUCAUGGAAGAGUAUAAUAAAGCUGCCUGGGAGGAACUCAUUUACCGGGUUGAGGAGACUGGAGUAGAUGCCAUUGAAGUCAAUUUUUCAUGUCCUCAUGGGAUGCCAGAACGUAAAAUGGGUGCUGCUGUUGGACAAGAUUGUGAACUUUUGGAGGAGGUCUGUGGAUGGAUUAAUGAUGUGGCCACUGUCCCUGUUUGGGCAAAAAUGACACCCAAUAUCACUGACGUUACAAAGCCAGCUAGGGUGUCUCUUAAAGCAGGAUGUGAGGGGGUGUCUGCAAUAAAUACGAUCAUGAGUGUCAUGGGCAUCAAUCUGGAUACUUUGCGCCCUGAGCCUUGUGUUGAAGGAUAUUCAACUCCCGGAGGCUAUUCAUCCAAGGCUGUGCAUCCAAUUGCUCUAGCAAAUGUAAUGAACAUAGCAAAAAUGAUGAAAUCUGAAUUUAGGGAUAAUAAAGAGUAUUCACUCUCUGGUAUUGGAGGUGUUGAGACAGGUGGCGACGCUGCCGAGUUUAUACUUCUUGGAGCAGAUACUGUCCAGGUUUGCACAGGUGUUAUGAUGCAUGGUUAUGGACUAGUUAAGAAGCUGAGCUCAGAGCUCAGAGAUUUCAUGAAAAAGCAUAAAUUUUCAUCUAUUCAACAGUUUAAAGGAGCAUCACUAGCAUAUUUCACCACUCAUAUGGAUUUGGUCAAAAGACAACAACAAGCUAUUCACCAGAAGAAAGGUAUUAAGAAAGGGUUGCAGUCUGAUAAAGAUUGGACAGGAGAUGGUUUUGUGCAAGAAACGGAGAGUAUGGUUUCCAACUGACUGACACUUGCCCCUCCCCUUUCUCCAUCAUACCUGAUAUUGUUGAGUCUACAGGCGAACCAAAUUUUCUUUCCUAAAAACAACUGCUUGGUAUGACUAUUUAUUUUCAUUGUGAUUUAUGAAGAACAAGUUUGAGAUCUCGUUGUAGGAACUAAGUGACUUGAUUAAUAAAAGUGAUUAAUAAAAUAAACUCAUAUAAUUA